ACACUAAUCUCAUCAAAAGAACCCCCAAUUGGAGCUUCUGCAAAUGUUGCCGCGCAAAUCUGUGACAUGGGUUUUACUCUUGCUGCUCAUCUUCUUCAACUUAUCGACCUCGCAUUCCGAUCCUCGCUGGGCAGCUAAGAAGAGACGCCUCAGAAAUAAAGUCCGUACCAUGUUUUACCAUGCAUAUGACAACUACAUGAUCCAUGCGUUUCCGCAUGAUGAGCUAAAGCCUCUUAGUAAAAGUUUCACUGAUUCUCUUAGUGAACUGGGAAACUUGAAGCUUGAACACCUACCACAAGACUAUAAUGGAUCUGCUCUUACACUUAUAGAGUCAUUGUCCAGCCUUGUCAUUAUGGGUAACAACACUGAAUUUCAAAGCGCAGUUGUUUGGCUUUCUGAAAAUUUGACUUUCGAUGUCGAUGCAAGGGUAAAUCUUUUUGAGUGCAACAUAAGAGUGCUUGGAGGACUGGUCUCUGCUCAUCUGCUUGCGACAGAUUCUACACACAGGUUGGGUCAAGGAGUUUAUAAAAAUCAGCUGCUUACUUUGGCCGAGGAUCUAGGGAACCGCUUUCUACCUGCAUUCAACACACCCACUGGGUUGCCUUAUGCAUGGAUUAACUUAAAGUAUGGAGUGGUGGAGAAUGAGACUACGGAAACCAGCACUUCAGGGUGUGGUUCUCUUAUUCUGGAAAUGGGAGCAUUAUCCCGAUUGACUGGAGACCCCAAAUACGAAUCUGCAGCGUUACGUGCUCUUCGUAAAUUAUGGAGCAUGCGGAGUUCCUUGAAUUUACUUGGUACGACACUGGAUGUAUCAACUGGGGAAUGGAUUGAGUAUUCAUCUGGGAUUGGGGCAGGGGUUGAUUCAUUUUAUGAGUAUCUGUACAAGGCCCACAUUCUUUUUGGAAAGGAAGAGUUUUGGAGAAUGUUUCAUUUGGCUUAUAUUGCUGUGCAGAAAUAUUUUAAACAUGGUCCAUGGUACCACGAAGCUGAUAUGAGGACAGGAAAAGCAACUUAUUGGCAACUUACAAGCCUUCAAGCAUUUUGGCCUGGCCUACAGGUUCUUGUUGGGGACAUUGCAGCUGCAAACUCAUCCCACCGUGAGUUUUUCUAUGUAUGGAAUAAGUUUGGAGUAUUACCAGAGAGGUAUUUGUUGGACCAUCAAAUGUUACAUCCUACAGAAAAAUAUUAUCCUCUGCGCCCUGAAUUUGCUGAGUCAACAUUCUAUUUGUACCAAGCAACCAAAGAUCCAUGGUACAUAGAAGUAGGUGAAUCAAUUGUGAAUUCUCUCAACUUACACACGAAGGUGGAAGGAGGUUUUGCUAGCAUUAGAGAUGUUACAACUAUGGAGUUGGAAGAUCAUCAACAUAGUUUCUUCCUUGCUGAGACGUGCAAGUAUCUAUAUCUUCUGUUUGACGAUUCAUUUUUGGCUGAACAAAAUUAUGUGUUCACAACUGAGGGUCAUCCCCUCCCGGUAUUGAGUAGUUGGCAGGAUAGGCUUCCCGAAACCUACAUCCAAAGUAACUGGACUUUUCUUAAGACUGACAAGGAAGUGAGACGGACAAGUGCAAUGUCCAAACAAGUAUGCCCUUCUACGUCAUUGAAUUCAUGGGAAUGUGCUGGCCAAAAAAUCGAGAGUGCCUGUCACAUCCUUGAUUUUCAUGGUGACCACCGGUGUUUAACAGACGAAGAAUGUGGGGUCGACUCAACUAACUGCAGACGAAGAUCAUGUAGCAUGGCCGGCUACUGCGGGCUAUGGCUAUUCAUAUGAGUCCCUUGGACGAACCAGAAGUUUUUCUGGUCGACAAUAAGUGUAAACUUGCAGGUAUGUAAUCUAUUACCUCGGCGAUACAUUACAAAGAAGAGAGGAUAGAAUCGGAGAAUACAUGGAUCAGCAGUGAAUAUCACACGGUUUGCUCUUUAGAUUCUUGAGCAAUGUACCAAUUAGGGAACACUGUAUUGGUUG